AUGCCCAUUUUGUAUAGUGUUAUUUGUCGGGGGAGUACUGUUUUGGUGAAAUAUGCAACAUGUGCUGGUAAUUUUGGAGAAGUUACUGAACAAAUUAUAUCUAAGAUUCCUCCUCAUAAUGAUAAGCUUACAUACUCUCAUGGGAACUAUCUCUUCCACUAUAUCCUAGAAAAUAGAAUUUUAUAUAUGUGUAUAACAGAUGAUGAAUUUGAACGAAGUCGUGCAUUUUUAUAUCUUAAUCAAAUCAAAAGAAGAUUCCAAUCCACAUAUGGAGCAAGUGCAGAGACAGCUAUUGCCUAUGCUAUGAAUUCAGAAUUCUCAACAGUUUUGGCUACUGAAAUGAAACUUUACUCAGAAUCUCAUGAUCUCGACACAAUAUCGAGAGUACACAGCGAAUUAGAUGAGUUAAAGAAUAUAAUGGUCAAAAAUAUUGAUAACAUUACAAUGAGAGGAGAAAAAUUAGAACUACUUGUCAACAAAGCAGACGAUCUUAAUCAAGGAGUAAGUAUAUCUUGUUGACUUACAUGAACAUACCUUUCUUUUAUCAAACGGUUUUUCCGCAAAAUUUAGUAGUAGAGGAAAGGCACCUAAUAUUGGAUACUUUUUUUAAUUGAAUUUUUU